AUGGCGUCGGCACUCUUCUUUCUCGACCUCAAGGGCAAGACCCUUCUGGCUCGCAACUACCGCGGAGAUAUCCCCAUGUCCGCGGUUGAGAAGUUCCCCAUCCUCCUGAGUGAAGCCGAAGAAGAGAGCUCUGCUGUGCCUCCCUGUUUCUCCCAUGAGGGUAUUAAUUAUCUUUAUAUCCGACACAGCAACCUCUACAUCCUUGCACUGACCAAGCGAAACACAAAUGCCACCGAAAUCCUUCUUUUCCUCCACAAGCUUGUGGAGGUGUUUACCGAAUACUUCAAGGUGCUGGAGGAAGAGAGUAUCCGGGACAACUUUGUCAUCAUCUACGAAUUAUUAGAUGAGAUGAUGGAUUUCGGAUAUCCUCAGACAACAGAGAGUAAAAUUUUACAAGAAUACAUUACCCAAGAAUCACACAAAUUGGAAGUGCAGGCACGGCCACCUAUCGCUGUCACAAACGCCGUCUCCUGGCGAAGCGAGGGUAUUCGAUACCGCAAGAACGAGGUGUUCCUAGAUGUGGUAGAGUCCCUGAAUCUCCUAGUGUCAGCAAACGGAAACGUGCUGCGGUCUGAGAUCUUAGGUGCCAUUAAGAUGAAGUGUUAUCUGAGCGGAAUGCCCGAAUUGCGAUUGGGACUGAAUGACAAAGCCAUGUUCGAGACCACGGGUCGCGCUACACGAGGCAAGGCCGUUGAGAUGGAGGACGUGAAAUUCCACCAGUGUGUUCGACUGUCCCGAUUUGAGAACGACCGCACGAUCAGCUUUAUUCCCCCUGAUGGCGAAUUCGAACUCAUGAGCUACCGACUGAAUACUCAAGUUAAACCAUUGAUCUGGGUCGAAUGUCUGGUGGAGUCGCAUUCUGGCUCGCGUAUUGAAUACAUGCUCAAGGCUAAAGCACAGUUCAAGCGUCGCAGUACAGCCAAUAAUGUCGAAAUUCUCGUCCCUGUCCCCGAAGACGCAGACUCACCCCGGUUCCGUACAAACAUCGGUACUGUGCAUUACGCACCCGAGAAGUCUGCAAUUAUCUGGAAAAUCAAGCAGUUUGGUGGUGGCAAGGAAUUCUUGAUGCGGGCAGAACUCGGUCUACCCUCCGUAAAGGGAGACGACGAGCACGGUGGUGGUAUGACAGGUGGCUUUGGAGGUAGCAUGGGCGGUGCUGGUCAAAUGGGCAAGGCAAAGCGACCCAUCAACGUCAAGUUCGAGAUCCCCUACUUCACCACCAGUGGCAUCCAAGUGCGGUACUUGAAGAUCACCGAGCCUAAGCUACAAUAUCCCUCUCUGCCCUGGGUCCGCUACAUCACACAAUCAGGCGAUAUUGCCGUUCGCAUGCCCGACGUUCAAUAA